GCACUGACCCACGCGACAUAAACAGAGUGAUGGCGGCCUCCGCUGCAGUCCGGUCGAGCAUGGGACUGACUUUGAGACUUUCGCGUGUUAUUCCAGACUGCAGCACUUGUCCAUUCCACCGGUUAAAGAGCUGCGUGGGUAUCGUCGCUAACUCACUGAGAAAUCGCUCCUUUGACAACUUUCAGACGAUUAAUCGACACCUGCAGACGAGUAUAGGUGAGGAGUGCAGCUUGCUAACACUGUUAGCCUGAUAGAGUCUGUAGAUUCACUUGCGAAUAUUUGUUUACGGUAUAAGCUAUCUGGAUAAAUGCCAUUAAAUUCCACGUAGUUCACGCUAUCGUCGAGAAAUCCAGACAUGUAAUUAAUCGAACAAUUAACGAAGUUAUCUGAGUCUAAAGUUUGCUCAAUAACAGUGAUGUAACCUCAACCCCUAAGUCCUAAACCGGCUUGUAGAACUUUGUGCACUAAGUGAAACUUUCUUACCUCUGAUCUGAAUCUGAAAACACUCCGUCCUUUUUCUCACUUCUUCGCUCUUUUUUCUUCAUUUUUUUCUUUCUAAGGUCUUUAUCACAGCGAAGAAGGGACCUCCGGAGCAGAAGACUCGGAUGAUGUGUGAGUUUUCCUAGGACACGAAUUGUGAGAUAAUAUUGUGAUCAACAGGUGCUGUACACAUUGCAAAUACUCUCUAAAUGGCUAUAAUGCCACUUCACGGAGAAGUAUUAUUAAAGUAUUAUUAAAAAAGUCCUCUCCACAUUUGAGAAAGCUGAACUGGAGUGGCUCAAACAUUUGCCUAGUCAUGCUGAGAUAGCGUUUUCAUUUUUUUUUCAUACAACAUAGUGACAUGACUCAUGGCUGAUUUCAACAUAAAAUACGUAUAUCACUAGGGGAGAGUGGGGUAAGAUGAGCCAUUUUUCAUAUUUUGGAUCACUAUAUCAAGGCAAUCAUAGUUUUGUCUCUAACUUGUGUAUCUGCACAUAUUGAAGAUGUGCAUCCCUGCAAACCAACAGAACGAGUGUAAACAUAACUGUCUUGAUAAUAUAGCAUGACAAAAACAAGUGGUCUCCUAUGGUAAGUUGAGCCGUAUCCCUACUACCCCCCCCCACUCUCCACCCCAGCCCCCCCUCACCUUCUCUCUCCCUAAAUAACAGUCACUUCUUCGCAUUCAUGUGUAUUUUUAUCUAUUAUACUCUAUUCAUCUGGUACAAUAAUUCUUUUUAUUAUUAUUGCAUAUAACUGCUAAAAAGCUAUUUUGUAAAAAGUCAUUUUAACAUGAGAAUGCCUUUUAGUGAUUUAGAACAUUCACAACUGUAUUCUUGAAAAGAAAAAGUAACACAUUUCAACAAUCUGAACUGAAACUCUGAUCCUUUCAUCAGACUUCUUUACUUUCUCAGUUGAGUCACUGGAUCAACUUACCCCAGAACUACUAUGAUGACUUCAUUAGUCCUCUAAGCUAAAAUGGUGGACUUUUAUUCUAGGUUUUUGACCUCAUGUUGUAGCUCAUAGAUACCACAACUGACGUAUAAAACAAAUUUAAAAUGAUCUUUUUUUGGUCUGAAAACAAUUCUAAUAAAACUAAUGACAGACUAAAUUUACUUUCAAGAAUAAAAAAUGUAUUUUUGUAAAAUCCGUCAUAGGGUAGCUCCGCCCCCACUCUGCAACCUCAUACAGUUUAGAUCUCCAGCAACCAGUGGUACUAGAGGGGCGGCCAGAGGAGACUGCCAGAUCCCACUUAGAAAAUCUGUAUUUGGUCAGUCAGUUUUUUCUUGUAGGGCAGGCAAGGAUUGGAACACAACACCACAAAACAUAAGAGAGUCCAAUUCAUACAGAGCAUUUAAAGUAAAUUUGAAGAGGUGGUUACUUGAAAACCAAACUUGUUGUCAUUAGUUGGUUGGCGUGCUUUCGGGUGGGUAAUGUUGAUGUUUUAAAUAUUGUGUAUUAUGUAUGUUUUUAUGUAGUUGCUGAUUUCCCACCUUUUUAGGUAGUUUUUAGGUAGUUCCUUCUGGCAGGGGGACUACCAAUGGAAACUAGCCUUGUGGCUACAAUUGGGUCCAUUUACAUUUUAUCUUUUUAAAAUGUUCAUUAAUGUACACUGUCCCUCUUUAACAAAUAAAAAGGAAAUGAAAUGAAAUAAAUGUCUAACCCCCUCACCAAUUUGCUUCUAACCUUUUAAGACUCCAUGAAUUGAUGCCCAUGUGAAUAAAUAUUUAGACUCCUAAAUAUUUAGUCACAUGUUCAAUUUCUUUUACUAUUUCCAAGCAACACAGGGUGGCUCAACUUACCCUUUGGCUCAACUUACCCCACUCUCCCUUACACUGAAUAAACACUCUAAAUAGUACUCUAAGCAAUGUAAAUAAACAUUUUAACACAUAAAUAAGGAUUUAAAGAAACGCUGAUAAAAAACAAUGUUGAGUUUGUAUUUCUUGAAAAAAUUGAAAAUUCUUUAUUUGAGCAAUAAUCUUGUUUCGUAACAAAACCACGUGCACCUUUGUCACUUUGAAAUAACAGCAGCAGGGAUGAGGAACAGAUCACAGUCUGACAGACAGUAAUUACAUGCAGUGGCGAAGGGUUUGAACUACUUCCCAAAAAGAAAGUUACAUGAUGAAAGUUGUUGUCGUUUGCUUCUGCGACUGAGCAAAAUUAUUUGUAAUUCUCUGCUCUACAGGGUGAAUGUGGUGUAUGUAGAUCGGUCUGGCAAAAGGAUCCCAAUCAAGGCCAAAGUGGGAGACAAUGUCCUGUAUCUGGCUCACAAGCAUGGAAUUGAACUGGAAGGUAUUUCACACAUUUACACUCUGUUAAUAUUGAAAUAACAAUGAUAACGAUGUACAUCAAAAAUUAGUUUCCCUCAAUAUCAAUAUAAAACAUGGUUAACAUGCUUUUCAAUAGACGUCAUUCUGCCAUGUUUUGGUAGACUAUACGAAUAGCCAAUGAAAAGGGACAAAAACGUAGGUGGUGUGGAGGUAUUUUGGUUUUUUGAGGUCAGACAUGUAGCAGAGUAAUGUGCACUGCAAAUUAUGUCGAGUACGUGUUCUCACAAAGUUGGGGAAUACGUCAAAUCUCUUUCACCACCUUAAGCAGUGCCACACGGCAGAGCACGCGUAAUGCAAAAGGUUACAAACCCAGAGCAGAACAAGGAGCCCGUGGCGCCUGUGCAGCCGAAACAGCCGACCAUUCAGUCCGCUUUCUCUAGUGCAACGCCUUACGACAAAACGUCAAAGAGACACAAAGACCUCACAGAUGCAGUAGCUUAUUGUAUUGCAAAAGACAUGCGACCAAUAAACACUGUUAGAUUUCAUUUUUUAUAUUGUGAUAUAGGUAUAUGUCGCGAUAAACUUUUUCUCAUAUCGCUCAGCCCUACUUACAGCAUAGUUAGAAGACAGUUAACGCUCAUUAUUGUGUUUCUCUUCCAUGAAGGAGCAUGCGAGGCAUCACUAGCCUGCUCAACAUGUCAGGUCUAUGUGAGUCCGGCCCAUUAUGACAAACUACCAGAACCUGAUGAGAGGUAGGUCUACUCUACUACGACAGUAUCUCCCAUUACUAAGAAAUCUGUACCUUGGUACACAAGUUAUCUGAUGAAGAAGGUCAUUGUUAAGUACUGAUGGAUAUUUUGGUGUUUUAGGGAGGAUGACAUGCUAGACAUGGCGCCCAUGUUACAGGAGAACUCCAGGCUGGGAUGUCAGAUAACUCUUACUCCAGAGCUGGAGGGCAUGGAGCUCACCUUGCCCAAAGUUACCAGAAACUUCUAUGUGGACGGGCAUGUUCCCAAACCUCACUGAGAAGAGGCACAGAUGAUGAGAGUUGGAGAAGAAUUGGAGAGUAGGACGGCGAGCCAGACAACAUGCGUGCUGGUUGAGGAAAGGGACGACAAUGAAGAGAUGCACGGCUGGGGAAGCAAAGUCCGUAGCAAGCUCCAAGACUCCUUGACAACUGACAGAUUCUCACAGUUACCCAAUGACAGGACCAGCCUGCAGAUGAGCUCCGUCAGAGCCAUUUACAAUAGGAGUCUCACUGAAGAUGAAUUAAUGGUUACUUCCAAAGAAAUCCACGGUGGUAUGACUGAGUGUAUUUAUUUAUAUUGAGAGUUCUCAGGCUAGCACUAUUCAACCUCACAAGCUGCUCUUGUUAAAAUACCAGACCACUGUACAGGCAUAAUCUUUGUUUCAGACAUUGCAGCGCAAGUUUUGACAAAGUUUGUCUUUGUGCCGUUUCAUGGAACAUUCCUUGUUUAGAGCUCACAUACGCACAAUUAUCAUGAGAUGGUGUUCUUAGUUUAUUUCUGCCAGUCUUUCAUUGUCACCCAGAUUCACUUGUCAAACACUAUGCAUACCUUUAACUUUCAUUUAAAGAGCCGUUUUCAUUUCUUAGUGUUGUCAUGGCAUAUCAAUAAGUACCAGAUGGACAGUUUUCCAUAAGUCUUAAACCAUCUAAGACCUGAAGAAACAGCCAUAUUUUAUAGAAAGUAUAUUUGGAAAAGUAGAAAUUGACUGAAACCUUAAAGUAUAGCUUUUAAGAUUUAAACUGUCGAAACAUUUCAUCGCAAAACAUGGAUCGGUUAAUUGUGUUUGAGAAUUAAUGGAAAAUUGCGUGUUUGAAGCCUUCCUUGAUGCCAGUGAUGUGACUUUGAUUAGUUUCUCUGGUUCAGGUGUGCUCUGAUCAAGAACAGGUGGAGAUGAGUCCCUUUGAAGCUGGUGGGCUUCAUUUUGCCAUAUGAUGAUGAGUUUACCACCAUCCAUUCUGUACUUAAGCCUACUGUACAUGUCCAAUUUACACAGAAAUGUACUUCGUUUGUGCAUUGUGUAAUAGAAGUUAUGAGUAUUUAAAGUUGUGCAAUAAAAUCAGUUUUAAGGAAAAGAAAA